UUUUUUAUGUUGCAUUUGUAUUUUGUGCAUUUUAGAUAAAACUGUACUGUGACUUCAUGUAACACUUCCACAACUGCAGCGCCCAGUUCCUUGACAGGACACAUAAUUUUUCCAAGAAGUGGCGAGGAAGUGCAGUCUUCUAGGCCUUCUGACCCGCGUUCUGCAAAAUUUUGUAUUAGAGAGAUCAUGCAUGUUGCUGCCGAUGCCCCCAAUGGAGUGGACAGGGGUUCCACAUCGUGUAUGGAGAAUGCCGGCGAGCAACAACAGUCUUCUAGGCCUUCUUCUGAACCGUGUUCUGCACAAAUGCAUGUUUCUCCAGACAACCCCAAGGGGAUGAACCGGGGUUCCACAUCGCCGGUAGAGAAUGCUGGAGAUCGGAGUGCCAAGAAGGCGAGGGUGGAUCGGCCCAACAGUGGCCAAGCUAAGCGAGCCGGACGAGUUGCAGCUCUGAACAUGAGUUUGCUCAAUUGCACAGUCUGCUGCGGCCCUUGCAAGCCUCCUGUUUUCCAGUGCAAUGGCAGGCAUUUAGCUUGCGGCAGAUGUCUUGCCAAGCUCCCUGGUGAGCAGUGCCAGAAGUGCGAGCAUGGUGGUGGCUUCAGCCCCUGCCCCAUUAUGGACGAUAUCGUUUCCUUGGCCAAGGUAGAAUGUUCCCACGAUGGCUGCAAGAGCUCCGUCCCCUACCACGAGCUUGAUGACCACGAGAGCGCGUGCCCCCACUCGCCUUGCUAUUGCAUGCAGCCUGGCUGUGGCUUCGUUGGCCCACCGCAGGUGCUCCUCGGCCACCUCGCCGCCCUGCACUCAGUGCCGGUGCACACGGUCAGAUAUGGCAAAGUGCACAGGCUCCGGGUGUCGGCGCCGCGAUUCCUGCUCCACGGGGAAGGGGAUGACAGCGCGUUCCUCCUUGCAGUGGGUAUGCUUGGCGCAGCCAUGGCCGUGUCAGCGGUGUGUAUCAGGGCAGUCGUGGUGGAGGAGCUACCGUCUUUCUUGACAGUGCCGCCUGCUUAUCUGGUUGGAUCAGGGGCGUCCAAGGCGGUAACUCUCGACAUUCGCGUUGACAAGAUGUGAUCCAUCACCGUUCGAAGUAGCACUGACGAAGAGACAUUCACGUUGACAAGAUGUGAUUGAUCGGUUCAGUUUGAAGUAGUAGUAUGCCGAAGAAUGGUCGAUGGGAAUUUCUGUGUUUAAUCAUCUAACUGUGAUGUCUAAUUGCUUACCGGAGACUUUUUGCAUGGUAGUGCUAAGAC